GGGUAGCAACCUGUUCGAUCGGUUCCGCUUUGGGGGCUCGCUAAAGGGCGCACAGCCGAGCUCGUUCACUCUGUCAGCAAGGCCAGUAGCCGCCGCUCAACCAGCGGACAGCGCUCAAGCAGCCGGGGCCUCGGGCGCAGGGGCCGCACACGACAGCCGCGGGGCGCCGGCCGUCGACACUGUCACCGGGAUGCAGUCGGGUCGGAGAGGCGCGGCAGCGGCAGCGGCGGCCGAAGAGGACGUCGGUCCUCGCGCGAAGCGCGCUCGUGCGGUCACCGCAGCCGGGCCCUCACCUAGAGGAGCGGUCACCGCUGGUGGUGGUGCGGAUGGCGGCUGGGGCGACGGCACCAACGGCGCCCGAGCCGGAGCUCUGGGUGCCGCGGGCGGCAACAGCGGGCGUCGCGCGGGUGGGCCGCCGGCGUCAUCUGCGCCAUCCACUUCAUCCUCCGGAGGGGUGGAGAUAAUGGACGACAGUGAUGACGUCAGCGGCGGGAGCGCGGGCCAGGGCGCGGCCGGGGCCGCGGCCGCCGCUGACGCUGCAGGCAGCGGCGGCGGUGGCGGCGGCUCCACUCGUGGCCAGCGCACAAGCCUGCAACAGCCACAAGCGGACGCCUCCGCCGCCACUAGUGCGGGUGGCCUGCCCCUGGCCUCAGGCUCCACCGGGACUGGGGCCGGCACGCCGCAGGGCGACGGCGGGAACGUCGUGGCCGCUGCCGCAGGCGGCAGCACACCUCAAUCAAAGGCAAAGGCUGGGGGAGGCAGCCGAAGCAAAACGGCCAAAUCCGACUCCAUACCCUCGCUGGACUCCGCGCCCGGCGUGCCGGAGAAGCUUGGCGAUGACCCGCUUCGACUGGUCAUUGUGGGCCACAACCCCAGCGAGCACGCCUGGCGCUCGGGCCACUACUACUCCAACCCCUCCAACCACCUGUGGCCGCUGCUGCGCCGCACCGGCAUCGCGCCGCCCGACCGCAUCCGCGGCCCCCAGGAUGACGGCCUCAUGCCGGCUGUGGCGGGGGUGGGGUUCCUGGACGUGGGCUGCGGCGUGCCGGGCACGGACAGCUCGCGGUUCAAGAGCGAGGUGUUUGAGGGCUGGAGCCGGGGCUUCUACAGCCGCCUGCGCGCGCACAUGCGGCGGGCGGCGACCAGCAUAGGCUGCCGCUGCGGGCUGUGCGGCGCGCCGCGGCUCGUGGCGUUCACGGGCAAGCGGCAGUACCUGGAGCUGAUGAACGUGGGGGCGGGGCCGGCCCGGAACAAGGUCAAGACAGUUGAGUUCGGGCGCCAGGCGGCGCUGCCCCCCGGCUGGCCGCUGCCGCCCUCCACCGAGGUGUGGGUGUGCACCAGCACCUCGGGCGCAGCGCCCAUGACUCGGGAGGCGCGCGAGCAGCCCUACGUGCAGCUGGCGGAGAGGCUGGCGCAGUUGCCCUGGCCGCUGCCCCGGCAGCCCGCGUGUGCGCCUUUGGGGGCGGCGGUGGCGGCUGGGGUGGCGACUGGGCGGGCGGCUGGGCAGGUGGACGGAGGUGCUGAGGCGGUAGGCGCAGGCGGCGGCGGCGCAUCUGCCGACAGGGGUGCGGGCGAUGCGGACAGCGGCGUUAUGGCGGCGUCUGGGGAGGGCGAGGCAAGAGGGGGGGCAGCAGGGGUAGGGCCGUUCGCGUCAGAAGCUGCAGAGGCGAGGGCAGGAGCGGGAGUUGGGGUUGCAGGCGCGGGAGGGGAAGCGGCAGCGGGCGGCGCAGAAGACAUGGCGGGCUGAGAGGCGAGAGGCUGAGGGCCGCACACGGUGGGUCUGCGGCACACUGUGGCGUUUGCUGCGUGCUAUGGGCUCGCCUGCUCCCAGAGUACCGGUACCGGUAACAUUGCUU